AUGGCGCCACGACAAGAUCCUGCAAGCAAGACGCAAGAGCGAGAGCUCAGUGACCCUGACAGUCUCCGGCUGAAGUCUAUAUUUGCAUUCGCCUCAGCAAUACUACUACGGCCAGAACCCUUUGAGACAAUCGUGCCAAAGUGGGAGCUCCGAUAUACCCAGCCAUUCGUCUGUAAAGGAGCACCAUACAUCGUUCGCACGAUCAGCUGCGACCCAUUGAUUCAGCACUUGGAAAACUUCAUCAGUCCUGCAGAGCGAAAAUGGCUACUCUCAAAAUCUAAAAACCUCUCCCAACCCUCCGAAGUCCGCAGGAAAAUCGGCGAAUGGAUUACCUCACCCCACAAAACGAGCACCACAGCCUACUUCCCUAAAGACGACCCCGUCGCGCGCUGCAUCUCCGAACGCGCCGCCCAGUUCCAAGGCUACGAAUCAAUCGACGACGUCGACCGCCUCCAGGUCACCUCAUACGUGAGCACCCAGGAGGUAAAAGCUCACUACGACUGGUACGGCGCCCUCGAAAAGGUAGAGCCGCAUGACUGCAAGACGACCUUCUUCGGGAUCCUUGACGCAGAUUGUGAGGAUUGCGGGACGAAUUUUCCUAAGAUUAAGAUGACCUGGGCGAGGCAGGAUCGGAAGUGGUGUAGGCUGGUGGAUUGUGAUAGUAGUUCGCUUACGGUGCUUCCUACGCCGGGGAGUGCGGUGUUUUGGAGGAACUUGCAUACUAAUGGGUCCGGGUAUGUGAGGACGCUGCAUGCGGGUAUGCCGUGGAGUCGGGGGGAGAAGGUUGGGCUGAAUAUUUGGACUAAGCAGAGGUUUGAUGUUGGGUUGAGUUGA